AUGUGUGACAGUUCGGAUGGCAAUGGCUUGGAUAGAGAAAAAGAUGCUCAAUUUCAACAAGCUGUCACAGCAUUUAUGCAACCACCAUUUUUCAAUGAUAUUUGUAUACGUAUUGUGACGAUUGAUCUGGCCAAUGGUUAUAGAAAUGAAGAACAAAUAUUAGCGAAUAAAUUUCUCUUAGCAUUCUUUUCGUUACACAUUCGUGAAUUGAUCCUCAAUGGUGCUUAUUCAAUUGACAGAAACAAUGGCAUUUUACAAAAUAUACCAACAAUUGAGCUUCAUCUUGGUACUACUGCCAAUGCCGGACAAGCUUUCAGGAUUAUUCUACGGUAUCUUUAUACCGGAGUGCUUUCAUUUGGUACUGUACAUCCGUUUCAGGUUUUACAAGUAUCUCGGAUAUGUCAAAUUCCAAUGGUAGAAAUGCAAGUGGCGGAAUUUUUAAAAUUAUUUCUGUCCAUUCAUUUUGACGGAAGCAAUUGUUUUAUAAGGCAGCACAAUGCUAUGGCCCCAAAUUCAAAUUUAACUAAUUUAAUAAAACAACGACAUUGCUUAUCGAUACCUAUGAAAAAGGAAAUUCAGAAAUCUUCAAAAAUUUGUGCUGAAAAUGAUUUAAUAAACAAUGAAACGCUUGUUGCAUCAUCAAAAGAAUCAUCUUCGACGGUACAAACAGGAAAUGCGGAACGAUUCAAUGAGCUUUUACUUCCAUCGAGCGAUAAGGAAGGUUGGUGUCGUAAUAAAAAAUACAUUGAACAGGUAGCAAACGGUUAUAUGUGUACAGUAUGCCAUAAAGUUUACGGUCGUUAUAAUUCAGUAUCAUAUCACGUUACUAUAUAUCACCGUAAUUCACCUAUUAAAUGUGACGAAAAAGGUUGUCCAUUUAGGACACGUGAAGCACGAUACAUUCAUUUCCAUAAAUACUAUCGACAUCAUAUUCCUCUGCCAGAUAAUAUCGAUUUGGGUUCACGGAAGUGUCCAUUUUGCCGUCAUGUCUCAAAAAGUCCGGCAAUGUUAGAAAAACAUAUAAGCCGUCACGUGCAAGACGUAGACCGAGUUACUUCCGCUGCUACGCGAGCACACUUUCCACGUUAUUCUCAAACUAUAUCAAAUUUCCAAUGUUCACAAUGUGCUUUUAGGGGACAAACAUUGAAUGACUUGGAACGGCAUAAAUUAUUUGUUCAUUGCAAAGAAACAUACCGGCGGAAACAAAUUGCGCCUGAUACUAUUGUUGCUGCCAGUAUUGCUAGCGACAAAAAUAAAAUUUCAAAAGAAAUUUCUGCACGGGAUGACAAAGUUUUAUUGACUAAUGCUGCCCAAGAGAUUGCCAAAAUGAAAGUGAUCGUUUCAUCAAGCACAACAACAACAACAACACAAUUGGAAGCGAUCUGUCUUGCUGUUUCUAAAACUUGA